ACAAAAACCAAAAAGUCAAAACAAGUAAAAAUCCCAAAUUUUGUGUGUCCUACUUGCAAAAUCCUUUCUAAUUUAACACGAAUGAAUUAAUAGAGCAGUAAAAUGAAUAAUACGGAGAAGAAAAAUAAGAUUCCGGCGGCACCAGUUCUAGUAACCAGUGGUAAUCUGCUAUCAAAUGUAGCUCCGCCGACGCAGCUCCCAAAUUUUGUAACAAGUGCGCCAGCGCCAAGUACACAAAAUGCUGAAGCAAGCUCAACAGCAGACAAACAGACUGCACAAGCAAAAGAUGCAGAACAGCCUGCACCUGAACCUAUGGAGCAAUCUCCUCGGACUCCAGAAAACUUCAGCCCUGCUAUACCAUUAUGUAAAGGAGAGCCAACAAUGCCGCUAAGAUCUCCGGAAGACUCUCAGGAGACACUAUCUACAGCUUCCUUACCAGUUACACCAGAAACAGAUAGAAUUGGUGACAUAAUGCCUGGAAGUGGUCUUCUGACAUGGGUGAAGGGAGCCGUGUCUACUGGCGGUAUCCUGCAGCGGGUGGCUGAGAAGGCCAAGUCAUCAGUGGACUCCAUGAUCACUACCUUGGAUCCUCAGAUGAAGGAGUAUUUGAGAUCAGGUGGUGAUUUACUAGUGGUAGUUGCUUCUGACAAGGAUGUCAAGAUAUCACCUGUGAGAGAAGCAUUUCAGACUGUGUUUGGGAAAGCUACUGUUAUAGGCUACGAGGCUCAGAGCGACGUCACCGCGGCACAGCCAGUCAGCUACGCGGCCGCGUACGCUGCGGCGAAACAACGCGUAGCGUAUCUGCGGUCCGUCCGCGCGGAUCUGCAUAACAACGUGCCCGUUGUCGCUAUAGAGAGCUAUAUACAAGAGGCAGUUACAGACAGAUGGUUCGAGCAAUCCCUGUUACUCCUCUCGCAGCCGUCGCUCGGCAUCGAGCUGCAGCUGGUGUCGCAGGCGACGCCGCUGCCGGCCGCCGCCGCCGCCGCCGCGCGUGCCGCUACGCCCUCCGACUACGCGCACGCGCAGACCGGCUACGGCGUCACCGUCGGCUCCGUCAUGGCCGACAGUCUCCAGGUACCGCACACACAGUGGCAAGAAGCGACGUGCGGGGUGUCGCGGCGCGAGCUCCUGCUGCUCGCGGCGCGCUCGAUCGCCGGCUCGUACAAGAACUUACUAGCUGUGUCUGCUGCUGAAACUUGAGAGUAGUUGUGUGGCCAUAUUGUUAUAAAGACUAAGAAAGAAGAUCUAC